AGAUGCGAAGUAGGAUGCGAGGAAAGGAAUACAAAACAAUUCAGCAUCGGGCGGCAAGAAUCGGAGGAUGGUUCUGUUUUCUAUUGCUGAACUAGUGUAUUAGUGCACUUUUGGAAUUUAAAAAAAAAACAGAUAUAAAGAUAUAUAAAUUUGGUGGAAGAAAGAUGAGAGAGAACUAGUACAGCCAAUUGAGCAGUAGAAAACAGACCCUUGGAUACGAAACGAACUGUCGCGGCUUGCGACCACCGUUUGCGCCUUUUUCCCGAGAACCGCCAAGAUUAUUGUCCCCGUGACGCGACAGUCUCUUGUAUCGAAAGUGGUUUGUUUGUUUCUCUCAAGACAGGAUCAAGCGAGUUGCACGUGCAACGAUACGCGGCCAGACGCGUUCGAAACAUUCUCGAUCCGCGUUCGAACCGAACGAUCUCUCUUGGCGAACGUAUUGCCGCCACGAUCUCGAGAUAACGGCGAGGAUGUACGAGGACUGUGUGUUGCAAUCGAUGCGAUUCCCGCAAAAGCUGUGGAAAAUCGUCAACGAGUGCAAAAGCGGCGCGAUCCAAUGGGGCCCAAACGGCGACACCAUACUGCUCGAUUACAAGAGAUUCCAGACGGAGUAUCUGGACGCGCGACGACCCAUCUUCAAGACCACCAACAUCACGAGCUUCAUCAGGCAGCUGAAUCUCUACGGUUUUCGCAAAGUGACGUAUACGCACACUCGCGAUCCGAUCUACGGCUUGCACAAUCCACACGUCCACGAAUUCCUGCACGACAGUUUCCGCGCCGACCGCACGGAUCUGCUGUCCAAGGUCUGUCGGAAGGCCAGCACGAGCAAGGGCAAGUGCUUUCAACACGACGCUACCAAAGGUGCAGAGGACAAUCCGGGGUCAGAGCCCAACUGCAUCUCCCGCCUGAAGAUGUGUCAGUUGGCUUUAACUAAAACUUUGGAGCAGAUUACUCAAGAAUAUCGACGGAAACGGGAAGAAAAAUUGACAGUAGUGAAGAAUAGUAAAAGGAUAAACUCCCAGGAUACAGUUACAGGCUUGCGGAAGGCAGAAUUCGACGAUGUUUCAAAUUGGAGCUCUGCUGUAGCAAGCAGUAUGAAAUAUCCAAUAUUUCCUCCCUCGACCGAUACAUCGUUCGAACGUGAAACGGUCUCAUCUUGGCGUAUUGUUACAAUGGAUAAAUAAGACCUGCAGAUGGAUGUUCAAAAUAACCAUCGAAGUUGGCCCGGAACUGUUGGUCUCGGUGCAAUAUUCGCGUUGCUCAAAACAUAAAUAUGUGCUUAAGUUUUUAAUAAAGUGAUAUUUUAUUUGUUGAGAAUUAUGAAUUCCGUUAAGUAAUAAAAGAUAAUGGUUAAUUGACUUAACCAUGGUAAAAAGCACAUCGAACUUUCAAUAUAUUGUUUUGAGAGAAUAAUU